AUGCCUUGCUCGGCCGAGAGCGCCGCGCACGGUCACACUGGGACGAGUUUUACGAGUCGGACAAGUGACGUCAGUGAGACGAACUUCUCCUUCUCGGGAGGAAUGUCUAUAUCCCAACCCAUCUCCCAUUCGCAGGCCGCGGACGAUUCCACCGACACUCUGGAGAACCACAGCGUCUGCCUUAAGACCGUGAAAGAUCUUGAAUGCGACCUACACAAGGUGGAAGCGGAAAGAGAUAGGCUGCUGCAGGAGAACGGAACUUUGAGGCAGCAACUCUCGCAGGCGCAGGAUGCCCAGUCCGCCGGCCGCACAUGGGAGGACGUACAGCGGGCCGUCCACGGAGCCCAAGAGGCCCUCAACACCUGCCACCAGCAACUCAUCAGNGCCCGCAUCGAUUGCCUUCAGAUCGCCCGGGAGAAGCUGCCCGUCGACCCAUCGCUGGGUCACCGUCUUGCAGAAUUUCUCGCUUACGCGUCACGAGCUGGCUGUCCACCACAUGACAUCCACAUCGUCAUCGCAUCCGCGCUGCUGAUAGAUGCUUACCCUCCUGGCAUGCAUAGGUUCCGGACGGACGACAUCUACGACAGCCUAUAUCGAGAGCACUGUCGAGCAGCGUGGGAAAUCCGCCAAGACCCUCACCCGGAUCUGCAUUGUGAUGCGGUGCACAAGUGUUUGGCGCAGUUUGUGGAGCAACUGGGGCCGCGACGCUCGUCAGUGGCCAUCCGCAGGGAAGUACUCACCGCGGUCGGGACCCGGUGGCCGGGAAUCUGUCGGCAUGCGAUGUGUGACACUUGCGUGACAAUCUUCGGCAGUCCCAGCCGCAGCGCCGAGGACGCAUGGGACGCCGUCCGCAACACAUCGAACACAUGGCCUCUGAUCACUGCACUUUGGCAGACAAAACAUAUAUAA